AGACGUGUUGCUAAUUCAACCACAUUGGCAUGGACGGGGACAAGCUAUCAUAAAGGGGAGUAAGGGACCGAUCUGAAUGUCACUCAUCAUAAUGGCCGACGACGAAGGAACUCGGAGGCAGAGAUUCGAAUAUAAGGACGAAGAUGACAAUGAAAGCUGCAGAGGAAUUAGAGUGUGUGGUAUGCAAUUCGCCUACGAUGGGCAACCACCACUCUUCGUCGACUUCAACCUUAAGAUCUCUACUGGAUCGCGAUGCCUUCUAGUUGGUGCCAAUGGAUCCGGGAAGACCACUUUGCUGAAAAUUCUGGCUGGCAAGCAUAUGGUCGGAGGAGGAAGAGAUGUUGUAAGGGUGUUAAAUUGUUCCGCUUUUCACGAUACUCGACUGGUUUGCAGUGGUGAUCUCUCCUAUUUGGGAGGAUCCUGGAGUAAAUCCGUUGGUUCAGCAGGAGAAAUUCCACUGCAGGGAGACUUUUCAGCUGAACAUAUGAUAUUUGGAGUUGAGGGCACAGAUCCUGAAAGGAGAGCUAAGUUGAUUGAGCUUCUUGAUAUAGAUCUACAGUGGCGAAUGCAUAAGGUAUCAGAUGGGCAGCGACGCCGAGUGCAAAUUUGCAUGGGUCUUCUUCAUCCAUACAAGGUUCUCUUGCUGGAUGAGGUUACUGUGGACCUGGAUGUUGUUACUAGGAUGGAUUUGCUGGACUUCUUCGGGGAAGAAUGUGAGCAGAGAGGAGCUACAAUUGUAUAUGCAACUCAUAUCUUUGAUGGACUUGAGACAUGGGCCACUCAUCUAGCAUACAUACAAGAUGGUGAACUCAGGAGGGCGGAAAAGUUAUCGGAUAUUAGUGAGUUGAGUUGCUCGUCUAAUCUUCUUUCUGUUGUUGAGUCAUGGCUCCGUGCUGAAACAAAGCUUGAAAAGAAGAACCCUGUAAACCCUCCUUCCGGCAUCCAAAAGACUUCUUUUGGCAGUUCUCCUUUUAUUUCCUCAAGACACAUGGCAUAUUACCGGUAGUUUCUAUUGAUAGAAAUUUCUGAUGAAAAUAGUUUACGUGCAGAGACAUUUUACUUUCAGAGGCAAAUAUGAGAAAUCAAUUCUUUCAUGCUUGUCAAGUUAUGUGUAAACAAGGGCGCCUGAGAGCUUCGUAGCCUGAUGGACGUGUCAAGUCAUCCGCCACCCCCGGGGGGGCCUUUGGCCAACGAUGUUGUACAAUAAAUUUAUCAUGCCAUAAAUGAAACAAACUUUGCCAUAGCUGGAUAUUUAUGGCAAUACGUUGUGCUAGUAUUUCACCCGUGAAUGGCUAUCCCUAUGAAGUGUUGAGCACUUGUCUUUUCCAAGUGUCAAGUUUAACGUGGAAGGCCUUGUUCUUAAAUCA